GAGGCAGCGCGGCGGUGCCAGCCGCCGCCGGCCGCCUGCGGCCCCCGCCCCCUCGGUGCCGGCCGGCUCUUCGCUCCUCCGGCGGCGAACCAGACACGGCCGCGGCCGCCGCCGCCGCCCGGCGCGCACCGGCCGCCACCUGCCCCCGGCGCCCGCGCCGGAGGGGCGCGACGCGGCCGCCGACCCGGAGGCGCUGGAGGAAGCGAGAGGGGUCCCCGCGCACUUCGGGCGCCGGCGCAGCGCACGGUGAGCGUCCCCCGCCCCGGGGCUCGGGGAUUCCUCAGCCCCCGGGUGCCCGAUGGGGUCACCCGGGGGACGCAAGGCUGAAGUUGGGACCGCGCGCAGCCCGCCCCCGCCGCCGAGCCCGACAUGCUGCCGCCGGGGAGCAACCGCACCGCGUCCCGGGCGCGCUUCAGGCGGCAGCAGCUGGCGCAGCGGGGCUCCGUGGGGGGCUCGGAGGGGGCGGCGCCCCUGGGGGCAGCGCAGGUGGUCACCGCCGGCCUCCUGACCCUGCUCAUCGUCUGGACCCUGCUGGGCAACGUGCUGGUGUGCGCGGCCAUCGUGCGCAGCCGCCACCUGCGCGCCAAGAUGACCAACGUCUUCAUCGUGUCCCUGGCUGUGUCCGACCUCUUCGUGGCGCUGCUGGUCAUGCCCUGGAAGGCGGUCGCCGAGGUGGCCGGUUACUGGCCCUUUGGGGCCUUCUGCGACGUCUGGGUGGCCUUUGACAUCAUGUGUUCCACCGCGUCCAUCCUGAACCUGUGCGUCAUCAGCGUGGACCGCUACUGGGCCAUCUCCAGGCCCUUCCGCUAUGAGCGCAAGAUGACCCAGCGCGUGGCUUUGAUCAUGGUCGGCCUGGCCUGGGCCUUGUCCAUCCUCAUCUCCUUCAUCCCAGUUCAACUCCACUGGCACAGGGACAAGGCAGGCUCCUGGGGCGAGGCGCCACCGCCAUCCGGCCCGGCCAACGGGACGCCCUGGGGGGAGGCAGGGGAGCCAGAGGCGAGGGCGGAAAACUGCGACUCCAGCCUGAACCGAACUUACGCCAUCUCCUCUUCGCUCAUCAGCUUCUACAUCCCCGUGGCCAUCAUGAUCGUGACCUACACGCGCAUCUACCGCAUCGCCCAGGUGCAGAUCCGCAGGAUCUCCUCGCUGGAGAGGGCCGCCGAGCGCGCGCAGAGCUGCCGCGGCCGCGCAGCCUGUGCGCCCGACCCCAGCCUGCGGGCGUCCAUCAAGAAGGAGACCAAAGUCCUCAAGACGCUGUCGGUGAUCAUGGGGGUCUUCGUGUGCUGCUGGCUGCCCUUCUUCAUCCUUAACUGCACGGUCCCCUUCUGCAGCGGCCGCCGCGAGGGUCCUGGGGCCGGCUUCCCCUGCGUCAGCGAGACCACCUUCGACGUCUUCGUCUGGUUCGGCUGGGCCAACUCCUCCCUCAACCCGGUCAUCUACGCCUUCAACGCUGACUUCCGGCAGGUGUUUGCGCAGCUGCUGGGGUGCAGUCACCUGUGCUCCCGCACCCAGGUGGAGACGGUGAACAUCAGCAACGAACUCAUCUCCUACAAUCAGGACACCGUCUUCCACAAGGAGAUCGCAGCUGCCUACAUCCAUAUGAUCCCCAAUGCCGUGUCCCCGGGGGACGGGGAGGGGGACAAGGAGGAGGAGAGCCCUUUCGAUCGAAUGUCCCAGAUCUCUCAGACGUCCCCGGAUGGUGACCCUGCUGCUGAGUCUGUGUGGGAGCUGGACUGCGAGGGAGACGUUUCUUUAGGCAAAAUAACGCCCUUCACCCCGAACGGAUUCCAGUAGAGUGCCCGAGAAAGGCCCCUUCUGGAUCUAUAUAAUGGCACAGACAUUAACAAGCAUGCAGAAUACAUACACACACACGUCCAGUGCUGCUCAGUUCAUCACAUUUUCUGUGUCUGUGUAGGAGCCCAUGUGCUUAGAAACGUCACCAGACUGAUUUGUUGGUGUAAGAAUUGGCAGAAGGUUUGGAAUAUAUACUGCAGCCUAGCAGAAACGGAUGGGGGGGGGGGGGGUCCAGUUAGAGAAGAGAAGGUGGUGUUUGGUUCUUUAAAAAACAAACAAAAAAGUCGCAGUUGAUCUUUAAAAAAUAUACUCGCCCUCCCUUUUACACAAAUGAACUGUUCAGUGACUUGUUUUUGUCUGGUGGGGUUUUAGACAACAGGUUCUAUGUGUGUGCAGUGUUGAGGGGGGUGCGGGUGACAUUCCUGUAUCUUGCUUCCUGUAGCCCUGUGUUUAUGCAGUUUCUGUCCUCCGUGUGUGUCUUCACCACAGCUGGGGAACUCUUUCCGAUUUGUUCUGGUGUCUAAUAAACACAAAUUAUGUGGA